AUAAAAUGAAACGCAAAGUGGGCAAUGAGCACUUUUUCUAGGGUUGAGCUUGGCAUUUUGAAAAUGAAGCUCUAUCUCCUGCUCGCAUUGGCGUUGGCAACGAAUGCAUAUGGCGCGGCAGUCGAGAGAGCAACCGACCCCGUCCUACAGGGUGUAGCUGAUGAAGGCGAGGAAUACCGAUUGAAGCAAGACCUUGGCAAAGCUUUUGAGAAAGCGGGCCAGUGGCUGCAGGGAAAUUAUACCCCCGAGACGGAAGACGAACGCAAGAAGCUUGAACUGCUGAACUCCGAGCUUGAAGCUCUGAUCGCUAACGCUGCCAAAGAAGACAUCCUUGACGAGCUCGACGACGAAGCUGCCGCCUAUGGCUGGCGUGAAGUGAUCACUAGCGCUGCGAAGACCAUCGUCACACAAGUCGUGAUCAACAAGAUAGCUGGCAUUAUUGUGGGUGCCAUGGGAUAGACAUCGAUUCAACUGCAACCUGGACGGUUGUCCUAAAAUAGUACAUGAAGCAAAAUAAAAGCUCUCUCUAAAGGUCUAAA